AUGGAGUCUACAUCCGCCACCACAACAAAGCGGACUCGCGUCGUUGUUGCUCAGUCGAAGCGAGGCUGCGUGACCUGCAAGUAUGGGUCCUCGCCAUUCCAUCCUCCGGCGCCCAGUCCCAUUCUGCUAACCGGACGAUGCAGAACUCGUCGGGUCAAGUGCGACGAGCAAAGGCCUCUAUGUCGGCGAUGCAUCCAAGCUGGUCGACUAUGUCGCGGUUACGUGGAUAGGCAGGAAAGCAGCUUGUCCGCCUUGCAACCUGCUCUGAAGUUCGGCGUCGCAGCAGACCGUCAAAUGGAGAGGCUCAGCCAUCUCGCGGCCCAUGUGCUGUCUCUGGACAGUGACGGCCGUCCUCUGCAGGGUGAUGGCGUCUGGGGACGCAUAUUCCUGCAGCUAUCGAGUCAGGUCGAGUGUGUCAAGGCCGCUGCGGCCGCGUUCGGGGCUGCAUACGAAUCAUCGCUCAACAGCGGCGCUGUCGUGAACAGCCCCUCUUCCUCCUCCUGGCGUUACUACGGCUCGGCGCUGGCAAGGCUUCAAUCAGAUCUCAACGGCGGUGCUGUUGGACCAGAGUCCCUGGCCCUGGCAUCCAUGAUCCUGGCCUGCGUGGAGAUCCUGAGCCAACACGAGCAGAAUGCGUUCACACACUUCUUCGGCGCCGUGCAGAUCCUGACCAAGGCUUACCAACCCCACACGAGCGCGCCGUCUGCUGCCAUUCUCGGUCGAAUCAGAGACGAACUGGUUAAAAUGAACCUUUCGAUUGGUAGCUACGCCUUGGCCCAGACGCCAGCCGUUAUGCACCUGGAACACCAAGCAGCCGCUGGCGUGGAUCGAGAAGCAUUCAGCGACCCGGAGCUUGCGAUCAACACCGCGAUGUCCUGCCUUCACCAAUCAUACCAGUUUAUCGAGUCCGCUGCCCGUCUUCGGUACACGUAUCCAAGCUGGAAAGAGCACGAUCCCAUCUUGUGUCAGGGCCAGUCAGACGCGGUGAACCAGUGCCGUUCGGUCCUCGACGGCCUCGCGGCGCUUGCCACCAGGCUGCAAGCCCAGCAGGCCUCGGCAACAUCCACGGCGCGAGACUCGGAGACGAUGGCGGAGAUCUACGCCAUGAGCGCGCAGCUGACCGCUGCCCUGAUCUUCCUCCUCUGCGUGCACGAGCCGUUGCAGACAGCGUAUGAUGGCCACGAGGACCUCUUCCGCAGCAUCGUGCGCGACGCCGCCGCGUCGGCGCGGCUGAGGCGGCGGGCCCAGCCGAGCGCGCUCCGGCGCUUCUCGACGCGGCCCGGCAUCGUCGGCCCGCUCUUCGUCGUGAGCGCCAAGUGCAGGGAUCCGCCGCUGCGCGCGCUGGCGACCACGAUGCUCGGCGAGCAGGGCCGCGAGGGGCCGACCGACGGACGGAUCAUGGCCGCCAUUGGCGCUCGGCUGGCGGCCCUGGAGAUGUCUGCCUGUGUGCCUUCGGUUCCUGGCGCUCCGCUGACUGCUGGCGACGUUCCCGAGAGUCAGAGGGUCCAUGGGUAUGGGGUGUCGCCUCCAAGAGUGGAUGGAGAGGGCCGCCGCGUGGUUGAUGUGCAGUUCAGCCGGCCAAAGGUGCCUCUCGAGCAGGGAUGGGGGCUCGUGGAUUACUCGUGCCUGGACAACUGGAUAUUAUGGUCAGAACCUAUCGAGAUAUCUGGAGCGUAG